CUACACAGUCUGAGUAUCUAAUGUGUAUUAGUGUAUUGCAGAAUUAUCAUUAGCAAGAAGUUGUGCAACUGCAGCUCUUGACUUGAUACCCGAGGAAUACGGUUCAAUAUUCUUGGAUACAGAAUCAUUUGGUACAGAUGGCUGUCUCUUGCCCUACACAAGCUUUGACGGAAUCGUUCACCCCGGAAUUUGAUAUGGAUAAUAUUUCCUUGUAUGAACCAUGUGACGUUAAAUUGGAGAAAGUGUCUGAGUAUGUGAUGGCUGAAUCGGACGUGUCCAGCAUCAGCAACAAAACAUUUAUGGAUUUAACGGAUUCCUUUGAAGGUUUCAAACAAGAAUGUGCCUACUCUUUUGAAGACAAGAACAUGAAGAGUUGGACAGAGAAACACCCAGAGCACUGGAGUAAUAACGAGGUGUUGGACUGGAUCUAUUUUGUGGCUGCUGAAAAUCACCUGGACGUCGCUAGACUUAGAGGAGAGAACUUCCAGACAAUUACAGGACAGAAACUUUGUCAAAUGUCUCAACAGGAUUUUAUUGAAAGAGAUCCCGAAUAUGGCUGCUAUUACUACCAACUUUUCCGACAAAUAUUUAAUGAAGCCAAAUUCACGCCCCCGGCCUCUGUCGACCCGACUUGUAGUGACAGCAGUAGCUUAAAUUUCCCCAGGGAAGUGUUUAACUUUCAACAAACCAUACCUGAUAUUGAAGGCGUCAGCGAUGCUCAAACGAGUGAGAUGCUCGAUAACAACCUGGAUACCAUGCUGGAAAUCCAAGACGGUGUCCCUAAAGUAAAGAUCGCAGGUGCCUGGUAUGACUUUGAUGAUGAUAUGGACAUCCAAAUGGAUCGGACAGAUCAGGGCUACAUUAGUGGAGAGGCGGAAAGUGAAUGCGAUUCCCGGCUCCCAUCUCAGUUGUUCUCUGACGAAGAGGCUGACGUUGUAGUGAAGAAAGAACCAAAGAAGAAAGCACCAUCACGUCGAUCUCACGGCAGCACGUCUUCCAGUGACGGCGGCUUUGAAAGUGAGGAUGGAAAAUCCAACCGGGGCAGAAAGCAUGGGCAAUGCUCGAAAGGAAAUCACUUGUGGGAAUUUAUCCGUGACUUAUUGAAGGACCCUCAGCUUAACCCAAGUCUUCUCAAAUGGGAGGACAAAGAAGCCGGAGUAUUCCGAUUCGUCCAAUCAGAGGCUGUGGCCCAGAUGUGGGGAAGAAAGAAAAGUAACCCCGGGAUGACAUACGAGAAACUCAGCCGAGCAAUGAGGUUUUGCAGAUCUGCAGAUUAUUUUGCUGGUGUACCCAAAAAUGGGAAAUUCCCGAAGAAAUUGUGUUUCCGGUUCGGCCCCAAAGCUUUCGGUUGGAAAGCAGUGUAGACUGGAAUCACUUAGGUAUUAUUACAAACGAGGCAUACUCGAUCGAGUUGAUGGUCGAAGACUCGUGUACAAGUUCGGAUCCAAUUCCCAUGGUUGGAAGGAGUGAGGUCACUCACGUGGAACUUUCCAAUGUACUGCCCAUAGUACGGAAUCGAACUCAGCGACCAAGUCUGUCAAGAAUACUGGCCAUCCUAGCGAUGGAUCUCCACAGGACAGAGCAACUUUCAGGAUAACCUUGACAUGUUUAUCUGGCUGUUCAAAGUUACUCUUGUGAAACAGUAUUGAGGACAUUCCCGAGGGAAAUAAUCUCUAACGAUGGAACUUUCUAUGUAAUUCCGGUAUAAAUUCAAGGCAAUCAGUGUGUAAGUUUUAUAAGUGCGAUUAUUAUGUCGGAAUGGAGAGCUUAUCUGUGAUAUAGAUACAUUCAACCCAUCCUUACGUCAUUACUUUCUACAAACCUCGCCAAGGACAUCGCCGUUCUGGGGCAAGAAAUUCAUUUAGCAGAGGAGCUCUUACAAACUUGAUACAUCAACCGUGAUCUUAAUAAAUAUUGUUAUUCAUAUCUAAAACAGCACAAAGACUGUAUUAUCAAGCUUUAUAACAACACACUGGUCUGGUUGAAUGUUUGUACUUCUCUUUUGUAAGCGGUGAUUCAUUCUCAUAAUAUCACAUUCAUCAUACAGCAUUGAUCUGUUCAAACGUUAAAGCGGAAUUCAGAGGACAAAGUCUUUCAAUUCUAAGAUUUAGUCCCACAAAGGACAUAGUACAAGACAUAAUAGAUAUAGCGUUUGACCUGUAAAAAUGUACUGCAAUGUUGUACUUUACGAUCACGUUACUUAUUUAUUAGUAAUUUGUUAAAUGUUGUUAAAAUGUUAUACACUAUUAUAUUUUUGUAAGUUUAUAGAAAUAAAUA